GUAGCUUCUACCUCGAUUGCGACGCGCCUCUGAUUUCGUCGGAUCGGCAGGAUUCUGGAUGACGUUUGUGUCGUUCAUCCUCCUCUUCCUCGCGGGCGGAACGGUCUGCUUCGGGUCGACGGGACCGCAUGGCGGGGGCGACCAACUACCCCAUGGCGUCCAGCAAGUUCUCGCGAUCGUGGAGGGACUGCUUCACCCGCUCUUAGAUGUGCCAUCAUUGCACGUCAUGCCUCUCCCUGCACCGAAUUCUAGGGCGGCCGCACCACUGGGCUGGUCAUGCCAGACAGAUACCCACAGGCGAGUGUCAGGAUAUGUGCUAGCAUAAUUUAUGCCUACUACUUUGAAUCGAGCGGCAGAGUACCGUUGGGCCUCCGGCUUUCUUACUUACUGACCACCACCUUCGUUCUGCGCUACCCCACACUAAUGCUUGUUUUAUGACACCCUUCCGCGAGAGUAUGCAGACUUCAAUAUUGUGUGCAUUUGUGGGCAAUACGUCGUACAACACCAC